UAUGAAAUUCCAAUAAGAAAUGUAAUAAGAUCUAUUUAUAGUUUUUUUCACUCAUAAUAUUUCAAUGAUUCUGAGAUGUAAUCGAAGUCUAGCGAUGGUUUGACAUGAAUGAGAGGUAGUCAGUCUGACCAAACAAAACCUGUAGAGAGAAGAAAGGUGUCAUUUUACUUCUAUAAAAAUAUUGAAAAUUAAAAACAUCAUGAGUUAUUCAGAUGCAGUAUUACAUGGUAGUAAAUUGAGAGAUACAGCUCCAAAAGGAAAUACAGGCAUUUAUCCUCAAUUACCAGAUAAAGAAGACGACUAUCCAGCUCUGCCUUCUAAAACACUUGCUGAAGCUAAUACUAAUAAUAUUCCAACUGCAUCUAGUCCUACCACUGGGUCUCACAGAGAGGACAGCCAAAAGGGUAGCAGGAAGGAUAUUUUAAACCAGAAACAUAUAGUACCAGAUACUAGCCAUGCUAAACAGGGCAAAAAUCAACAACAAUGCAAGGUGGGUAAUGAACAAAGAGUUUCAGGUCUGCAAGACAUUGGUCAAGCACUGGUUAAGUCUAUUUCACAAGAUAGUGAUUCACAAGAAGAUGGUCAGAAGCAUGAAAUACCUGAAAGGAGUGAUUUUAACUAUGGACCAAGUGACACAACUGAUGAUAGAGACCAAGAUCCACAAAAUAUACAACCUAGUGGUGAACAACAAAGUUCUGUCUUUCGACAAGACACCAAUCCUUUGGCAGGUACUAAUAGACAGGUAGACAAUCGCACAAAUCUGUCUCAGGCAGGUGAGCAAUCUGAUGGUUCUAGAAGAUAUCCUAUACAGGGCCAAGGAAGCAAUAAGGGAAAAGGCCAAAGCGACAGAUUUCAAGAUUCUAGAAAAGAUUGCAUAGAGACAGAAGCAGCUAACGUUCAAGGAAAUUUGGAUACCAAGGACCAAAAUAGGGGUCCAGGCUUAAAAGAUCAAGAAAUGAAUCAGAAAACAUCUUUUCAACAGAGCAACCAGAAAAGAUAUAAUGACCAUUCGAAGGAGUAUAAAUAUUAUGAUACAAAAGAUAAUUCAUAUUCAUAUCAGUCUAAAACGCAAGAGGAAGAUUCCAUGUCAGGUGCCAGACCACGAGAUAACCAUCAAAGAAAGCAUGGCAGAGGGCCACAGCAGGAAUCAACAGAGUGGGUUGAAUAUGGCGAGGAGGCACAGGAAAUUGAUCCUGUACUCAAAGAGAGGUUCAAAGAUGACAACCAGUCUAAAUUUGAAUACUUCUGGAAGAAUGAAGAUAUCUACAGUCAAUGGCAUAGAACCAAAUUUACAGUUGAUGACAAAACCUACACAUCUACAGAGCAGUUCAUGAUGCAUAGGAAAGCAAUAUUGUUCGAAGACUACAAGACCGCCAGCAAGAUUAUGCAGACCCAAGAUCCCAGGAGACAGAAGAAGCUCGGUCGUCAGGUACAGAACUUCGAUGAGGAUUUAUGGAAAGCUAACUGUGAGGCAAUUGUGGAGGAAGGAAACACAGCAAAGUUUCAACAAAAUGUACACUUGCUAAACAUCUUGUUUUCAACCAAUCCUAAAAUCCUUGUUGAAGCUAGCCCUUUGGAUAGAAUCUGGGGGAUUGGUCUCUUCUCAGAUGAUCCAAAUGCAUGGAACAGAGCCACCUGGUGUGGAGAAAAUAAACUAGGAAAGGUACUGACCAGAGUCCGAAACAAACUGAUGUUACAAAUGAAUUUGAUUACGAAGGAAGAACGUGACAGGCAAAUCGCUGAAUUGGAGCGAUAAUUACUCAAAAAUUACUGCUGAUCCACACACUCUCUGUAAAAGAUAUUUGUAAUGGCAAUUAAUGCACUGUACUUUUUUUGGCCAGUGUCCUGUUUUUUAAUAUUGAGCUGGUAAUUAUAUGUGAAAAAGUUACAUUAACUAGUUCCUGCUCUUCAAUGCAAUAUUCUGGUUUUGACACGGAACAGUAUAGUAAAUCUGCUAUAUGGUAUCUUUUCUUUUCUAUGUUCAUAUAUGUUUUCUAGAGUUUCUAAAUAUGCAUGAUAUCUAGACAAGUGCAUUAAUAUCAAAGAUAUCAAAUAGAAACAGAGUGGAUAUCUGACAAAGAAAGCAUAUCUGUCAGAAGUGGAGUGGAUAUCUGACAAGGAAAGCAUAUCUGUCAGAAGUGGAGUGGAUAUCUGACAAAGAAAGCAUAUCUGUCAGAAGUGGAGUGGAUAUCUGACAAAGAAAGCAUAUCUGUCAGAAGUGGAGUGGAUAUCUGACAAAGAAAGCAUAUCUGUCAGAAGUGGAGUGGAUAUCUGACAAAGAAAGCAUAUCUGUCAGAAGUAGAGUGGAUAUCUAGCAUAAAGUUACAGAGGAGAUCUUAUCCAACCAAGGGAAAAAAUUAUUGAUUGUAAAACAGAGUGAAAUUUAAAUAAUUACUGGGUCCAUUUGUAGGCUCAUAUACCUGUAUGUAUAUUAUAUGUAUAAUAAUUUAGUAUGGAUCUUUUGUAUA